GACUUCUGUUCUGUCUUGUCGCCGCCCCCGUGUCUUCCUCUCAGCUGCUGUCCGCCAUUUCCUCCGGAGCCUCCGACUUCCUGUCAUACGUCUCUGCCUCUGACCGCUUCCUGCUUGGACUGACCAGGCAGGCAAGCGGCCGGCUGUGGCCUGGCACUCCCAGGCUAAUGUGCGGCCCGAGCCGGGAGGCGGAGGAGGAUGUUCCCGCACUCCCCCAGCCUGGGCCGCAGUCCUCUGCUCCCCUCACACCCACAUCAGCACCACCCCGGGGAGCUGCUGAGCACCGAGCGCCUGCUGCACCACAAUCUUUCUAGAAUGCUGAUGAGUGGAAAUGCUCUGCCUAUGACUCCAGUGUCCUCGCCACCAUGGUCGUAUGGAAAUCACAGCCCUUUAGUCAGCCCAAGUUCCUCUUCUCCAUUCCAGAACAGGAAGAGGAGAAGCGAUGAAGGCAAUGGGCAGUAUGAUGUAAAAAGGCAAAGGUUUCAAUCCCCUCAGCAACCUUCGUCUGUCAUUCACCAAGCAGUGCCUUUAAGAGAUGACCUCCGCCACCAUUUCCCAGGAUCUGUGGGACUGCCGCUUAGGCUGGCACCUCCACCCCACGAGAUAAAUGGGCAAGUUUCAUCAUCCGGAGAUGCCUGGUUGUUUGACCUCAUAGAAACCACUUUGCCUGUUGCUAAAGACAAGCUGAGCCAGCAGAUUCUGGAUUUGUUUCAAGCCUGUCAGCAGCAAGUCACUGACUUGAAAAAGAAAGAUGUCUGUCGAGCAGAACUCCAGAGAGAAAUUCAGCAAAUCUUCCCCCAGAGCAGGCUGUACUUGGUUGGCUCUUCGCUCAAUGGGUUUGGCACAAGAAGCAGCGAUGCAGAUUUGUGCUUGGUUAUGAAAGAGGAGCCAAUGAAUCAGAAAACAGAAGCAAGACACAUACUAAGCUUACUCCAAAAACAUUUCUACACCCGACUUUCUUAUAUUGAAAGACCUCAACUCAUCAGAGCAAAAGUGCCAAUUGUAAAGUUCAGGGACAAAGUCAGUGGUGUGGAGUUUGACUUGAAUGUAAACAAUGUCGUAGGAAUCAGAAACACAUUCCUUCUCCGAACCUAUGCACACAUAGAGAGCCGCGUUCGUCCUUUAGUUCUGGUUGUUAAGAAGUGGGCCAGUCACCAUGGCAUAAAUGAUGCCAGUCGUGGAACCCUGAGCAGCUAUAGUCUUGUUUUAAUGGUUUUGCACUAUUUACAAACUCUACCUGAACCAGUUCUUCCAUCUCUACAGAAAGAUUACCCCGAAUGUUUUAACCCUACCAUGCAGCUGCACCUAGUACACCUUGCUCCUCGCCAUAUUCCGAAGUACCAGUCCAAAAAUGGUGCCUCUCUGGGAGACCUGUUUGUGGGUUUCUUAAAAUAUUUUGCUACAGAAUUUGACUGGACAGACAAACUUAUUUCUGUGCGAGAAGGCAAAACUAUGCAGAGAACAGAUGGCAUUGAAUGGAGACACAAAUACAUCUGCGUGGAAGAGCCAUUUGACAGAACAAACACUGCUAGAGCAGUACAUGAAAAACUGAAGUUUGACAUAAUUCAAGAUGAAUUUAAGAAGGCAUGGGUUAUAUUACGGGAUAACAAAGACCUAAACAGUGUGCUCCCUGUGGGAAGAAUUAUUUGCAUGCCAAAAAGAUAGCUUCUACAUUUUCAAUAUAAAACACCUUAAACCUCAAGAAUUUAUGGACUACUUUUUUUAACCCAGAAAUUAAAUAUAUAAGGAGAAAAACUUUUUAGUAAAAAGUUGUUUUUGUGUACAUAAUCUUUUCUUUUAUUGUGCUUUUUGUUUGUUUUUUUUCCUUGUCCUAUGUAUAUGUUGGUGGUUUGUGCUGCCAUGACUCAUUGUGAGAAUGGAACCAAUGCCUUUUUGUUCUCUGAAAUCUGUUCUAGAAUUGCACUACACUUUGAUAAAAUGUAUGUCUUAGUCUGUACGAAUAUACGGCCACUCAGCCAAUGUACUGCUGUCCUUUGUUUAUAGAGAUUAAAUAAGAGCCUGAAUCUGUUUACCCCAGGUGAUGUCUUUUCAGUUCCUC